ACUACGCUUCCCAUGCUCCUUCGAGGUUGGAGCUUGCGCAAUUUGUUUUCCACGGCCCUAGCUGCUGGCAGUGGCUGUAUGCUGUUUGUUGUGUUUACAUUAAGGAAGAGAAAGAAAGAAUUUCCCAAGCUAUUGUAACACCGUGGCUGUCGCAUGAGGUUACUGGGUGAGCCCCUCCCUGCCAUGAGAGCGGACCACCAGGUCACCAGCCCCCCCUCCUUCUGCAGUUGAUGGAUCUGCAGCUGGUGCAGAGAUGACAGACAGCGUCAGGGCUUUCCUCCGCGAUGUUGCGACGGGGAUCAAGGACUCCAUAUUGGGGAUUGGAACAAUCUCCAAGCUGGAUGCUCGUAUCCAGCAGAAAAGGGAAGAGCAGCGGAGGAGAAGGGCCAGCGGGGCCCUGGCACAGAGACGGGCACAGAGUGAGGAGCGCAAACCGGACAAUGAUCCCAAAGUAGCCAGCAGGAUUUUUCAAUGCUGUGCCUGGAAUGGAGGAGUGUUCUGGCUCAGUCUGUUUCUCUUUUACCGGGUGUUUAUUCCACUCCUGCAGGCUCUCACGGCAAAAAUCAUUGGUGACCCCUCCCUCCAUGGCAGUGUGUGGUCCUGGUUAGAGUUCAUCCUGACGUCCGUCUUCAGUGCUCUCUGGGUCCUCCCCUUGUUUGUCCUCAGCAAGAUCGUCAAUGCCAUCUGGUUCCAGGACAUAGCUGACCUUGCAUUUGAAGUGUCUGGCUGUAAAGCUCAGCCAUUCCCCAGCGUCAGUAAGAUCAUCGCAGACAUGCUUUUUAACCUCCUCCUCCAGGCGCUCUUCCUCAUUCAGGGUAUGAUCGUUAGUCUCUUCCCCAUCGAUGCUAUUGGACAGAUGGUUAGCCUCCUCCACAUGUCUCUGCUCUACUCCCUGUACUGCUUUGAGUAUCGCUGGUUCAACCAUGGCAUCGAGAUGCACCAGCGGCUGUCCAACAUUGAGAGGAACUGGCCAUAUUACUUUGGCUUCGGCUUACCCAUGGCUCUGCUGACUGCCAUGCCCUCAUCAUACAUCAUCAGCGGUUGCUUGUUCUCCAUCCUUUUCCCUCUGUUCAUCAUCAGUGCUAAUGAGGCAAAGACACCAACAAAGCUGUACCACUUCCAACUGCGUCUCUUCUCCCUGGUCGUGCUGAUCAGCAACAAGCUUUUCCACAAGACUGUCCACCUGCAGUCAUCACUGACGUCAUCUGCCUCCACAGAGAGGCUGUCAACACCUCACACCUCCCCGACCCGCCAGAGGCUGCUGCCCACCCAGUGAAGGAGAUAGGAUAGUCACCAACAAGCGGUUUCACUGAAAAAAAUUUUUUUUUCUUUUUCUAGAAGGAUCGCCCUUAAUGAAGAUGAGUUCAGCUGGUUCAUGUGGUUCAGGACAAAGGGUUUACAUGUUUUUGUGUAAUCUGUGCCGCCUCAGUUACUCAUUUUUAUCCACCUUUUCUGUGUGACACAAAAAUCGACUGACCUGUGCCUCACACUCAAAACACUUUAAAUACUAAGAUCCAGACUUCUUUUUACUUUUCUUUCUUUCUUUGCAUAAUGUGCCAUUUGAGUGACUCUCCUUUUAAUAAAUUACAGCACAAGACAUCACAAAGUUUUAAUUUCUUUAACCAAACGUGACUAAAGAAGGAUAUUUUUCUCUUUGAAGGGGCUUUUUUGUGUUCAGAAGCAAAGCACAGGUGUGUUUUCUUAAAAGUCACAUUCCUCCCUCACAGAUCCAACACUUUCUUGCACACGGACGUGUUUCUCUAUUAAAUUCUGCUCUCCUCACAGUCCCGUCUGCAACCUUGUACAGUUAUAAAGGGAGGCUUUUUAGUUUGAAAUCCCCACAGCUUUGUUUUCAGUAGAGUACAAGCAUCGUUUCAGGAGCUGCUAUUAAAAGGCAGAGUGACCUUUUUGUAACGGAAAUCAACCAGAAAUUCACUUGUGUGCAUUGACAUAACUGUUCCUCUGCGUCCCAUCCCAAAAAUAAAAAGUCUGGAUUCUGCUGUCUAACGUCACAAUACACACGGCUACACCGGCAAAGGGCAAGCUUCAUUAGAGCUUUUAGUGUAUUGAUAGAUGAGACGACACUGCCAAACCGCUGCAUCUUUAACUUUACUUUGACCUCUUCAACGCUAAGCUCUGUCACAAAGGAGUCAUGUAGCUCGUAGCUUUACAACAGACGGGUGAUCAGCCUCGACUCGCUUGCUGUAGUGCCCCUUGCACCUUAAAGAGAGCUUGAUGCAAAUAUAACUGAUCCCCAAAUAUCAUUGGCUGUUUGGUUAUUUGUGCUGUACAUAAUGUUAAUACCUCCUGAAUGUUCAGUCAGAAGCCCAGCGCCACACAGUGACCCCACCCCAACCUUUGUCUCAUCAGAGCUCGUGGAUGUGGAGCGGGGCCAUGAUUUUAAACAGUGUGCAAUUAUUGUAAGAAGAGCAUAGUGUUUGUGCAGACUGAUAUUUGUGAGUGAGGUUUUGUAAAAGUAAUACUUCUAAUUUGAAUAAAAUUGGUCAGUAUUCAAUAUUUGA